UGAAUGAAUUUGGAUGCAGGGAAAACCUGCUAUACAAUGAGGGCAACCAAAUGCUGCUGCCUUCCAGGAGUCCUCUUCUGCUCUCUGUUUCGGGACCAGCAGCAUCAGCUGGAGGCACAGGGCUUGAUAAUACAAGUUAACAAGACACACCGAGUUUAUGUAAUACGUUGGUGAUUUGUUGGAUGUAUGUAUGUCAAACACAGUUCAGUUUUCAUGUCAUGCACAAUCACAGCUCAAACUGUAAUAAUUAUCAGGUUAUUACAGAAGCUCCAGGCAGAUUUAAUCCUCAUGCAAAUAUUCAGUUGCUGUUGAAUCAUUCCACUGAGGCGUAAAGGCAAGUCAGUGCUCAGAUCAGGAGGAACAGGUCUGAUGAUCUAGGAACAGGAACAUUUUAUUGUCCUGUUUAAACUGAUUGUUGUGUAAGAUCAUAUUCAUUUCACUAUUGUACUCUAAUUAUAGCUUCAAAGUACACUGGGUUGUUCAUUUCAAACCACAAACAAUUUAAAACAUGUUUGAAUGCUGUAAACUAAACUCUCCUCUACUGACUGUGUAGUACAGGCAUGUCUGGUUAUUAUGCAAUCAGCAUUUGUGGACUUUGAUGACUUUAUUGUGAAGUUAUUUGUGAGUUUAGUCAGUUUUUCCUGACACACCUACCUUAACGUGCAAAUACAAACUGAACUAUAUAAUUUGAGGUUGGGGCAGAUGUUUCUUUGUGUGUCUGUAAACAGGAUGGACAACCAGAGGAGGUUUUCAGCAAGGUACGCAAUUCUGUUCACUCCAAACGCAGCUUUUGGGAAAUUCAGCUUUUUAAAAUCGCAUAGCACAUAGAUUCCAAAGUGGACAGGAUAUUCAUAACAUCACCUCCAGCAAUGUUUGUACCCAUGCUGUGAAAAAGGCAGCACUUGCAUUUCAGCAGGCUGACACACCUCCCUGUUUUGCAUUGGGAGGAGUCAGAGAGGCUAUUUACAUCCAUAUAACUUCAUACAGACGCAUAAGGUUAGUUCUAAGAGGAAAGGAUUACUGCAACACUGCGAGAUGCACUGCUAUGGGGACUUGGUCAGCUAUCUGAGCUGUGGGAUGAUCCUGUCAGGACUCGGGCAGUUGGUCCAUCACAGGAAGACACAGACCUCCUAUGGGCGCCACAUGAUGGUACUGUCUCCUCCUGCUAAGACGGUCCCAGUCAGACUAGCCUGGUUCCUCCAGGAGAUGCCGGCUUUCCUGAUCCCCCUGCUUUUAAUGCUCACCGUGCACAAACCCUCCAGUACGGGGAAGUACCUGCUGCUUGGGACCUUUUGCAUGCACUACUUUCAAAGGACAUUUGUCUAUUCACUACUGACCAGAGGAAGGCCUUUCCCACGGAGUGCGAUGGUGCUAGCAGGUUUAUUCUGCUCUCUGAAUGGUUUCCUGCAGGGACACUACCUGUUGCACUGUGCCCAGUUUGAUGAUGAAUGGUCAGCUGACUAUCGCUUUAAAACUGGUUUACUGCUGUUUUACAUUGGAAUGGCCAUCAAUGUACAUAGUGACUUUAUUCUACACAACUUGAGGAAACCAGGGGAAGUAGUUUACAAGAUUCCUAAAGGAGGACUGUUUGAAUAUGUGUCUGGUGCCAACUACUUAGGAGAGAUAGUGGAGUGGUUUGGCUAUGCUGUAGCCACCUGGUCCCUUCCAGCGCUCUCAUUCGCCUUGUUUAGCCUGUGUUUUAUUGGACCAAGAGCCUAUCACCAUCACAGGUUUUACAAGGAGAAAUUCAAAAACUAUCCCAAGUUACGAAAGGCUUUGAUUCCAUUUAUCUUCUGAGAGAAAAAGCACCUGGCUGUCAUCUUUUAAGGGCAGAUAAUAACUGAACCAGCAGCAGCAGCAGACAAGCACAUGACUCAGCACUCCUAUUGUUGUAUUUUUAAACAGAAAUUACAUUUUACCGCACAAUAAUCUGCUUUCAUUUUGCUUGCAGUCAUUGUCCAAAACCAUUAUGCAUGCACAGAUUAAUUGUUCAUUUCUUUCAAUGUAAACUGCGACGGAAGACACUUGCAAAAAGACAUUGAUGCAAUCGCAGUUUAUUUUUACGCUGAUACACAAUGUACAAACUGCAAAAGAACAAAUAACUCAUCUCAUUACACUGAAGGUAACUUGGCUCACAUUACUAUUUGUCUAACUGACAACCUGUCAAAACAAUGUGAACAGGAAGGCAUUAAUGAAACAAUUGAUAGCUGAGGUUAGUCUUUGAAUGUUCAUAGCUGUCAGGUUGUGAGUUUUAUCUUACCGAUCAGCAGGUUUAGACUGGUAAUAUUUUGGAUAUAUCCCAAUGUAAUGAAAAAAG